AUGGCUAUUGCAAUAGCUGUGCAGAAGCAGAGCUUUAUGUGCUUUUAUAACAAUGCUAAGCUGGUGGCCUGGGAGGACAUUGUGUUCCUCUGCUGCCUCCUGUCACACAUACUGUCUGUCUGCUGUCAUUUGUCCUGUGACUGUUUUCACUACAGGAUUUACUGCAGGACUCAAACCUGCAAUUUCUGGGUUUUACCACUGGAUGGAACUCGAACCCAUUGUUUCUACAAAACGGGACCUGAAACAUCGGAACAACCCCCCUGUAAUGGUUUUUAUGCAGGCCUGAAGAGCAUCAUGUGGCUGAAUCUGCCUCACCAGAAGGCACUGAAAUGAACAAAUGACCUCAGCUUUCUUGAAUGCUGCCUCAUCUGUGCAGAGCAAAAGCCUUCCUGCCCAGCUUUCUGGAAAGGAUUCCUUCUUUUGCAGGACUAUUCUAGAGCCAUUCUGCAACAAUUUAUAUUCAAGUCUCUGAUGGUUUCUCAAAGACCCAAGAAGGACUCUUGUAGUCAGACACUGAAGAAAACAACUGUUUGUUACAUUAUUAGCAAGCUGCUUUGGAGAGUUGUUGACAGUAAAUGUUUCCACUUGUUUUCCCUUCCCAGAACCUUCCCCUGGUUUGUCCUGACAGCUCUGUCACUGAGAAAGUCUCUCUUUAGCCAGCUGCUAGAAAAGAGAGAACUUGUCUGAUGCCAUCUGAUGCCUGGUGCUCUAUUGUACCAGGCACCCUCUGGAGACUGUCCUAAAAGCAAUGUGGGCUCAACACCAAAGACAUCUCUCACUUCAGUUGCAGUGGAGCCUAGUGUGAUACUGUAUGACAAGUCUCCAUUAUCCACAGCUGCUUCCAACAGUUUCUCAGAAAUUCCAGAGGAAAAUGCUGAGUAUGAUUCUAAAUUUUCACAAACCUUAAUGAAGCCCAUGAGGAAUGCUUUGCUGAGAUCUCAUCCCAGCCCUUUCAUGGGACUAAGCAGUGCAAGAACCAGCACUGUUAGCUCUCAGACUCCAAACUCUUCCAGCCAAUAACCUUAUGCACACAUUUUCUUCUAUGAGUUUCAGUCUCUACAAGGCUCAGUAAACUUGCUUAUCCCUGGUUGCCUGAGCUUUUUUUUUUUGUUUUGGUUUGUUUUUUUUGUCUGAAUUUACUUAUUACAUAGUCUU